AUGGCCGGGAAAUCGAGAUUCACCAAGCUCGACGCUUUUACAAAAACAGUCGAAGAUGCCAGGAUCAGGACAACAUCCGGAGGCAUCGUCACCAUUGUCUCCCUGCUUGUUGUCUUGUUCCUCUCGUGGGGAGAAUGGAGAGACUACAGGAAGGUGGUGAUACACCCCGAGUUGGUGGUUGACAAGGGACGAGGCGAACGAAUGGAAAUCCAUCUCAACAUCACCUUCCCCAAAGUACCCUGCGAACUCUUGACCCUCGACGUAAUGGACGUAUCCGGCGAGCAACAACACGGCGUCCAGCACGGCGUCAAGAAGAUCAGACUUAGGCCCCAAAGCGAAGGAGGAGGCGAGAUUGACGCCAAGAUUCUUUCUCUCCACGCCGCCGACGAAUCCGCCACCCACCUCGAUCCCUCCUACUGCGGUCCAUGCUACGGCGCCCCGGCCCCGUACAACGCCAAAAAGCCCGGCUGCUGCUCCACCUGCGAAGAAGUGCGCGAAGCCUACGCCCAAGCCUCAUGGGCCUUUGGCGACGGCGCCACCAUGGAGCAAUGCCAGCGGGAGCACUACACGGAGCGGCUGGCCGAGCAGCGCCACGAAGGCUGCCGCAUCGAAGGCGGCCUGCGCGUCAACAAGGUGAUUGGCAACUUCCACAUUGCGCCCGGCCGGUCCUUCUCCAACGGCAACAUGCACGUCCACGACCUGGCGCAGUGGUGGAGCACGCCCGUCCCUGGCGGCCACUCCUUCAGCCACAUCAUUCACUCGUUGCGAUUCGGUCCCCAGCUGCCUGACGACUUGGUUCGCAAGUUGGGUGGUAAUGGGAAGAACACGCUGUGGACGAACCACCAUUUGAAUCCCCUGGACAACACCAAGCAGGAGACGGACGAUCCGAACUACAACUUCAUGUACUUUGUCAAGAUCGUUCCCACCAGCUACUUGCCUUUGGGCUGGGAGAAGCAGGCGGCGCAGAACAAGGCGACUUGGGAGCAGGACCACAGUGUUGGACUGGGCGCGUAUGGGUACGGAUCAGAUGGAAGCAUGGAGACGCAUCAGUAUAGCGUUACCAGCCAUAAGCGCAGCUUGACAGGAGGUGAUGAUUCGAAGGAGGGUCAUGGUGAGCGGUUGCACAGUAGGGGAGGUAUUCCGGGCGUGUUUUUCUCCUACGACAUCUCCCCCAUGAAGGUGGUCAACCGCGAAGAGCGCGCCAAGUCCUUCCUUGGCUUCUUGGCUGGUCUUUGCGCGGUCGUGGGUGGUACCUUGACCGUUGCGGCGGCGGUAGACAGAGGCUUGUUUGAGGGCACGGUGAGGUUGAAGAAGCUGAGGAGCAAGGAUAACUAA